UUCACCAUUAAUGGAAAACUUAAUGAUGUGAACAGGUGAAUCCCCAGGGGCUAAGGGCCCUUCCCGAGUCUCUGGAAGGUGACGAAUCUUCGUGCUGAAAUCAUCGUAGGUGAGAAACCCAUCGGGAAGCAUUCGAAAACUUUGUUCGUCUAGAUUCUUGGGGAUUUAUCGGAAGAAUGGAAGGGAAAGAAUCGCCGGCGGGAAAUUCGCGCAGGGUGGUGGUGAUCGGCGGCGGUGUUGCCGGCUCCCUCGUCGCGAAAUUGCUUCAGUUCGACGCUGAUGUCACCCUCAUCGAUUCGAAGGAUUAUUUCGAGAUCACAUGGGCAAGCUUGAGAUCCAUGGUGGAGCCUUCAUUUGCCAAAAGAUCAGUCAUUUCCCAUAAGGAGUACUUAAAAAAUGGCCGUGUGGUCAGUUCUCCUGCUAUCGAUAUCACCGAUACUGAUGUGAUAUGUUUGGAUGACCUUGUCGUUGGAUACGAUUAUCUUGUUAUUGCAACCGGUCAUAAUGAUGCAUAUCCCAAAACCCGGAGCGAGAAGCUGUCUCAAUAUCAAUCAGAAUAUGAAAAGAUAAGAUCUUCUGGGUCAAUUCUGAUCGUUGGUGGAGGUCCAACGGGUGUUGAGCUUGCUGCGGAAAUUGCGGUUGAUUUUCCCGAGAAGAAGGUUACUCUGGUGCAUAGGGGGCCUAGGUUGCUGGAAUUUAUCGGCCAGAAAGCUGGUGACAAGGCUUUCGACUGGUUGAAAUCGAAGAGAGUGGAAGUGAUAUUGAACCAAUCAGUGGAUUUGAAUUCAGCCUCUGAUGGAAACAAAACAUACCGGACUUCGGGAGGAGAAACUAUACAUGCUGAUUGCCAUUUCCUCUGCACUGGAAAGCCUCUAGCUUCGGGUUUUCUGAAGGAAACUUUUCUAAAAGACAACAUGGAUGGUUAUGGAAGGCUGAUGGUUGACGGGUACUUGCGGGUUGAGGGUCUGAAGAACGUUUUUGCUAUUGGAGAUAUUACAAAUAUCGAGGAGAUGAAACAAGGGUACAUAGCCGAGAAACAUGCCUCAGUUGCAGCGAAGAACAUAAAGCUGCUGAUGUCGGGAGAAAGAGAGAACAAGAUGUCGAUGUACAAAACGGGUCCAGAGAUCGCGAUUGUAUCUCUGGGGAGAUGGGACGCAGUGGCUCAGUUCCCGUUCAUCACUGUUGCAGGUUGCCUCCCGGGUUUUAUCAAAUCUAGGGAUCUUUUCGUGGGCAAGACGAGGAAAGCUCGAGGCUUAGAUGCUGAUCUUGCCGAGGAUGCGUAACUUAGUUUUGGUUUCCUCAACAGAGGUUGUUCUCUCUGAAGACAAAAGUCUUGUUCUUUUGGUUGUGUGAAGACAAGGCUUGUUGUUUAUUUCUAUGAGACGUUUUGAUGGUUUGUUUGAGUUCUUUUUGUGUCUGAAUGGUAUUUGCGUAAUUUCAAGAAAAAAAUUCUGAUUUUUCCU